AUGAAUGCCACAACAGCAACAACACCAACAACCAUGGCCCAUAAUCGCGAUGAUAUGGUCCAGUCCAAAGAUGAAGUGGACUUUGUUAAAGCACCAGAAACCAACAACAACAGCAAUUUUAUUAAUUUCAAAAAUGAAUUGACAACAGUGCCAAAAAGCCAACAACAAAUCACAACAACAACAACACCCCCAGCUAAAGUGCCAAAGGAGCGUUUAUCGUUAUUUAAUUUCUCCAAAAAAUCAUCAUCGUCAUCAUCAUCUUCCACAAAAUCAUCUUCAUCAGCAUCACCAACAACAACACCCUCAUCUGUAACCAAUGAAAAUCUGGAAAAAUCCAAUGCCACCACAGAUAAUGGCUUCCCUUGCCACCCAACAACCAAUGUACCCAUCGGUACACCACCACGUCACAAAAAAUUCAGCAAAACUUCAUCGUUAUCCCGUUUGCUGGGUAAUACCUAUAAUGCCAAAAAAUUCGAAAAGGAAGAGAAGAAAAUCGCCGAUGGAAAAUUUAAUACAUUUGGUGGACGGCGACGUUCCAGUGGACCCUACUUGGAACGAUUCAAACGUUCCAAAGAAGAGGGUGAUGUGGUCAGCACUAAUAGCAAUAACAACAAAAACAAAGAUUCAUCAUCGUCAUCCUCCUCAUCGAAGAAAAAAGAAGACAAAUCCAAAGUUGAUACCUUGGAUCGCCAUCUAAUGGCAUUGGAAAAUUUCCAAGAGCAUCGUAAUGGUGGUGAUUUGAGUUCCAAGGCAAUGCGUACCCUCUCAAGGGGUUUGGGUAAAUUGUGGUGGCGUCGUACCCAUAGCAUUGAUAUCAGUUCACCAGAUCCCGAAUUUAAAGUUUCCUAUUUGGGCAAUGUUUUGACCGGAUGGGCUAAAGGUGAAGGCUGCGUGGAAAAACAACUGAACACACUCUGGCGCAAUUAUACGCAAAAUAAUAAACCCGAUGUUAUAAUGCGCCUGAAAGUAUGUGCCUCCGGCCUAAAAGCCACCACAAGACAACACGGACUAACGGAAUACUGGGCCAAUCGCAUAACCCAUUGCUGUGCACCAAAGAACUAUCCAAGGGUUUUCUGUUGGAUCUAUCGCCAUGAGGGUAGGAAGCUAAAACAUGAACUACGUUGCCAUGCCGUGUUGUGCAGCAAGGAGAAACAAGUACAAGAAAUCUGUGAUACUUUAAAGGCUAAUCUCGAGUGUGCUCUGCGUGAAUUUAAACGUGAAAAAAUUCUCAAACAGAAUGCCCGUCUCAGUUUGGCAAAUGCUGUAUAUGAUAAUCCCAGUUUGCCCCGUCGCAAGAUUCUGCUAAGUGUGGGCAGUAAUAAUUAUCGGCCGCCAUUGGAGCGCUCGAAGUCGGCACCCAAAUUAAUGGCGAUCGAGGAGGCCAUUGGUGAGGAGGGUGAAGAAGCGGAGGAAACCAAUGAACCCGAAAUGAAACCAUGUUGUCAAAAAGAUUCUCUCUAUCCAGCCAUGACAUUGGGACGUAGACGUUGUCGUCGUGGUCAUUCCAUUAGGCGAACAGGCAAAGCUAGACCCGUCAGCUAUGCCACAGGUGGUUGUAAUAUAUCCACCAGCAGCAGCUGUUGCAGCGGAGAUAACCAACCAAAUGAGAACAACAAAACUGAAAUCAAAACCAUUGAAGAGGAAUGCCGUUUAAACGCCGCCGAGGGUUCCGAUGAUUCGGAUGAUUUUGAAAAGAUUUUAAAACACAAUAACUAUGAUAGUAAGGCCUCACUGGCCAAUGAAUUGAUGCCUUAUUUCGAAAGUCAAUUGCAUAAAAAGAAUAGCAGUAGUUGUGGUAGUUUAAGUGAUCUGAGAUGUCAACUAAAUUCCGAGGAGGAUAAUGAACCGUUGAGCUUAACACCAACCAUUAACAUUGAUCCAAAUGCUGAUCCCAUAAAUGAUUUUAAACCCACAAAUAAUCAAACCACGGAAUAUGACUCCUCCUCACCUGUGGUGUCCCUAAGACGUUCGGGUGUUUGCAGUGAUGGUGAAGACGAUUUCUUGGGUGAGGAGGAAGAUGACAUGUAUUUCCGUCAGGCAGCCAUUUUAAAUAUGUUACAUCGCCAUUCAAUGCGUAAAAUGGCCAAUCUAUCGCUAAGCAGUGAUGAGGGUAGCAGCAGCUUGGAAACCAAUGUGGGAGCCAGGGAGUCACUGCGUUACAAGCACCAACAACAAUCUUCGAUAUCUUCUGACACCUCCACCACCUCGUCAACUUUGCAACAGAAUGGUAGUGGUGUUGGUGGUAAUGAUAUGGGUAAGAGGCUAUUAAACAACGACAGUGCUGAUGAAGGUUCUAUCUCAAGUGGUUGUGAGACAGCAAGUACCGUGACCAAUAAUCAAGAUGAUCUAUCACUACAAUUCCGUCAAUCUCAGUUACAACAAUUGUCGCUACAACAUCCCUAUACGGCAGAUGAUUUGGUCGAAGCCACCUCCAUUGAAUCGGAUAUAAUUGCCGAAAACAAUCAGCUAUACAAACAAUUACAGGGACGCAAUAACAGUGAUGCUGCUACCACAUUCAGUAGUUCAUCGUCCAUAACCCUUAAAAUGGAUUCAUCACCAAAUAAUUCGAUUAAAGAUUUGGUAACCGGUCUGGAUUCAAAUGUAAAUUCUCUUAAGCAAUCAAAUUCUUUGACUUCGUCAUCAUCCUCCUCAAAUCGUCCGCGUAGAAUAGUACGUCGUCAACGUGAUACUAAACCUGAUUCCGAUUCAGAAUGUAGUGAUGAAUCGGGUUAUGUUGAAUAUCAGGAACGGGAUAAGAGCAGCAGCAGCAGCAGCAAAGUGAAAUUGGAACAAGCACCACAACAACAACAACAACCAAAGCCACAAUUACCAACAAAGCCUCAAAUUCCACCAAAACCAAUGCCCCGAAGAUUUAUUAGUGUUACCCAUUGCAGUAAUAGUACAUCUGUAUAA